GGCCCUCGGUCAAUCCUCGAUUGAUCCACCACUUGUUGAUUUGCUCAUUUCUCUUUCGUUCGACUCGGUUUUUGCCAGUUUUCUGACAGACCAUUCCUCAGCCGACCACCGAGGCCUUCGCACCCGAAGAGAAACGAUCCUCGGCCCUAUUUUCAUUCAGCCCUUUUCCGAAUCGGCCACUUAAUUCUUUUCCAUUACGUAACCAUGGCAACGCCAAAGUUGGGCAGUCUGGUGAUCGAGGGCAAGACGAAGCGCGUGUUCGAGCUGCCGGAGCGCGAGGGCCUCGUCUUCGUGCAGAGCAAGGACCGCAUCACGGCCGGCGACGGCGUCAAGGCCCACGACCUCGAGGGCAAGGCGGCCAUCUCGACGGCCACCACGGCCAAAGUGUUCGAGCUGCUCAACGCGGCAGGAAUCCCGACGCACUUUGUGGAGAUGAGCGGCGAGACGUCUUUCAUCGCCGAGAUGUGCGACAUGGUGCCCAUCGAGUGGGUGACCCGUCGGCUCGCCACCGGCUCCUUCCUCAAGCGCAACCCUGGCGUGCCCGAGGGCUUCAGGUUCGCGCCGCCCUGCCAGGAGACCUUCUUCAAGGACGACGCCAACCACGACCCGCAGUGGUCCCUCGAGCAGGUCAUCUGCGCCAACUUCAAACUGAAUGGCGUCUCCAUCGGACAGGAGGAGGUCCUCGCCAUGAAGAGGAUGACCCUCUGCGUUUUUGAAGUUCUGGAGCGCGCCUGGUCCACCCUGGAUUGCGUGUUGGUGGACAUGAAAAUCGAGUUCGGCGUGACCUCGGAGGGUCGCCUGGUGGUGGCCGACGUGGUCGACAGCGACUCUUGGCGUCUCUGGCCCAGCGGCGACAAGAGACUCAUGAAGGACAAGCAGGUGUACCGCGACCUGGGCACCGAGGUCACCAAGCAGCACCUCGAGACGGUCAAGAGGAACUUCCAGUGGGUCGCUGACCAGCUCGGAAAGCUCGUUCCUCAGCCUCGAGGCAGGGCCGUCGUGUUCAUGGGUUCGGCGAGUGACGAGGCGCACUGCCGGGAAAUCGAGCGUCACUGCCGCGACCUGGGGGUGCCGUGCGAGCUGCGCGUGUCGUCGGCCCACAAGGGGCCGCACGACACCCUGCGCAUGGCGGCCGAGUACGAGGCGGAGGCCGAGCGGCCGCUGGUGCUGAUCGCCGUGGCCGGCCGCAGCAACGGCCUCGGCCCCGUGCUCUCGGGCAACGUGAGCUGCCCCGUCAUCAACUGCCCCCCGGGGGCCACCACCGGCACCGACGUCUGGUCCUCCCUCAACGUCCCCUCGGGCCUCGGCUGCGCCACCGUCCUGUACCCGGCCGCGGCCGCCCUGGCCGCCGCCGCCAUCCUCGGCCAGACCGACCACGUCAUCUGGGCCAAACUCAGGGCCAGGCAGAUGAACACGGCCUGCGCCCUCCUCCAGGCCGACAAGAAACUCAAACACAAGUAGAUCUGCUGCCAUUCCAGGAAUUUUCGGUGCUGGGUUCAAAUUUUUAAUAAAAAAUAUAAUACGGUAUAUAAUUAUUUUGAUAUUUUGGAAAAGUAAAAUCCUGGAUCUUCCGUAUCUGAAUAAUACAUAUCAUGGAUGGGAAAUUCCUAGUAAUAUAAUCAAAAUGCUACGCUUUUUCAUAUAUUUUAUUGUGCCAUUUUAAUCUACUGCGCUAAAUGUAAUCAAUAAAGAUAAAUAAAUAUAAUUCUGCUAAAAAAUGAG